CACGUGAUAGCUUGGCCUUUCACAAAUUAAAUUCGGGCGGUUUUGUAGUGUAAAACCACUCUUUCGCGUUGGAGCUGCAAGCGUCUAAGCUGAGGCUCUCGUUGCCAGCUGAGCGUGCUUCUACGUACACAUCUGAGAGAUAACAUGCCUGUUAACUACAGCGGCACGUGGAAUAUGAUCAGUAAUGUCAACUUCGACGGAUAUAUGGUAGCUAUCGAUAUUGACUUUGCAACGCGGAAGCUUGCCGGCAUGCUGAAGACCCAGAAAGUGAUUGAUCAAGAUGGUGAUUUAUUUACUAUGAAGACUGUUAGCACCUUUAGAAACUACCACUGCUCUUUCAACAUCGGGGAGGAGUUUGAAGAGGUGACCAAAGGAUUGGACAACAGGAAGUGCAAGUCUGUGGUGAACUGGGAUGGAGACCGAAUAGUGUGUGUGCAGAAGGGGGAGAAGAGGAAUCGGGGCUGGACCCACUGGGUCAAAGGAGAUCACCUCUACCUGGAGCUCUGCUGUGAAGGCCAAGUGUGCCAACAAAUUUUUAAAAAGAAUCCAUGAUUUUGCUGAUUGCAGACAGAAAAUCAAUUGUAUUUAACUUUUUACUUUGAACAUUUUGGCUUAUGUUUUACAAUUUUGUUUUGUUCCAGUGUCAUGAUUUAAAUCCUCAAAUACCAAACCGUUCAUCCACAGCCCACUGAAUGCAGUUUAGCGUCUGCACACACUUGUCUUCAAAGAUGGCUUUUCAUGAAAAUUAAUUAUGAAAUCCCCUGUCAAAAUUUUGCUCCUGCUAUUUUCCCGUGUUCCGUAGAUGCUGAAUAAAGCACCGGUGAUUGCAUAAAACACUUGAC